AUUGCUGCAAAUUUCUUCCUUCAAUGGAAAAAUGAAUGCUCUUAAUGAGGUCAACAAAGUGAUAGCUAGUGUGUCUUACUACUCUCAUCGCCAUACAGGCGUUGAAGAAGAAGAGUGGCUUACAGCAGAAAGAAUGGCAGAGUGGAUAAAAGAAAACAAGGUUCUUCAGAUUGUUCUAAGAGAUAGUUUACACCAGCCUCAGUAUGUAGAAAAAUUAGAAAAAAUUAUAAGAUUCAUCAUAAAAGAAAAGGCACUGACUCUUGAAGACUUAGAUGACAUCUGGGCUGCUCAAGCAGGAAAACAUGAAGCUAUUGUGAAGAAUGUUCAUGAUCUUCUUGCUAAACUUGCCUGGGAUUUUACCUUGGAACAACUAGACCAUUUGUUUGAAUGUUUCAGAGCAAGCUGGGCCAAUGCCACAAAAAAACAAAGAGAAAAACUUUUAGAAUUAAUCCGAAGGUUGGCUGAAGAUGACAAAGAUGGGCUUAUGGCUCACAAGGUCCUCAAUCUCCUGUGGAACCUUGCCCAUAGUGAUGAUGUUCCCACUGACAUCAUGGAUCAAGCACUUACUGCCCAUGUGAAAAUCCUUGAUUAUAGUUGUUCACAGGAACGAGAUGCUCAGAAGACAUACUGGCUGGACCGGUGUGUGGAAGAAUUAAGAGCUGAUCGAUGGGUUAUACCAGCAUUAAAACAGAUAAGAGAAAUUUGUUGCCUGUAUUCUGAGGCUCCUCCCAAUUGUAACCAUGCUCAGCGUUUACCUCACAUGUUUUAUCGACAUGAAGUUAUCAACAGGCUACAGCAACAUCAUUCCCUAGUUAUUUUAGUGGCUGAUAACCUUACUACAUAUAUGAACAAAGCUCGAGCACUGGCUAAAGAACAUCCGGAGGUUGAUCCCAAUGCACUUUCUUCAGACAGUCGAUAUACUCAUGCCCAACAAGUCCAAGAACGACUUAACUUUCUCAGGUUCUUGUUGAAAGAUGGUCAACUGUGGCUAUGUGCACCCCAGGCAAAGCAGAUUUGGAACUGUUUGGCAGAAAAUGCAGUAUAUACAAAUGACAGAGAAGCUUGCUUUAAAUGGUUUUCUAAGUUAAUGGGAGAAGAACCAGACCUUGAUCCUGAAAUCAACAGAGAUUUCUUUGAGAAUAACAUUCUUCAUUUAGAUCCUUGUCUUUUAACUGAAAGUGGGAUGAAAUGUUUUGAUAGAUUUUUUAAAGCAGUUAAUUCAAAAGAAGAAAAAUUACUACCAAAGAGGAGAACACUUCUGAUGGAUGAUCUAGAACUAAUUGGCUUAGACUACCUCUGGAAGGUUGUUCUGUGUAGUGGUGAAGAAAUUGCUAACAGAGCAAUAGAACUUCUUAAGGAGACUUACACAAAUUUGGGUCCAAGGCUGCAGGCUAGCCAGCUUGCGAUUCAUGAAGAUUUUAUUCAAUCAUGUAUGGAUCGCUUGAAAGCAGCCUAUGAUACAGUUUCUAUCCUUGAAAAAGAUAAAGAUAGUUUGAAUAGGCAGCAACAGGAGACGAUACGCAUGAUAAGGGUGCUGAAGGUGUUGCAUGAAUACAUAGCCCAGUGCGAUGGUGAUUAUGAUGACGAGAGAGCCAUUUUACCCAUGGCCAGGGCACAUCGAGGAAAACAUAUAGUUUUGACAGUGAGAUUUCCUAAUCAGGGACAUCACGUAGAUGAUCUUGAUGUUUGGACUCAUACAAAUGACACUCUAGGUUCUGUAAGACGGCAAAUACUUAUGAGAGUGAAAGGAAAUAAUCCUCAUGUGAAAGUCGAACUUUUCAUAAAUGGAGAAAUACAAGACCCAGCUAAUGACAAGAGACUACUAUCCCAACUUCCACAAAGGGAUAAGUUGAUCCUGUCAGCAAAGCUAACUCAGGCUAACACGAACAUGCCAUCAUCUCCAGACUCUAGCUCAGACAGCUCUGAAGGUUCUCCACCAAACCCAUUUGAUGGUCCUAAUGUUGAGGCAGAAGGAUGCCUUCCUGGUGUGCUCAUGACUCAUCAACCCGACUAUGUAAAGUUCCUGCUGCAGUUGGCUGAUUUAGGAAGUUCUCUUAAGAUCCCAGCUUUGAGAGACAGAGCCCGAGCUGUGUUGAAGCUUAUGCCUGCAGGUGCCCAUACAGUAGAAGGACUCCGAACUAUAUGUCUAAAUAAUGCUAAACUAGGUGAUCAGUCUUUGUCUCCAGUUUUAGAAUCUGUAUUUUUUGAUCCCUCCCCUUCUCUGGUUCUGUACUGUCUGGAGGUUGUUUAUACAUUAUUAAUGCCUGCCCAUAAUACAUUAUCUGAAGAGACACAACUUUUUCAAUUCAAUUUUUUCAAAAGUGGUGGAGUUAACUGUGUUCUGGGAAUGUUGACAAAGAACAACUUUCUCCUACAUGCUGAUAUCCCAACUAAGAGAGCUGCUUAUUUAAUGGUGUUGAAGCUAGCCAAGCUACUCUUCACUGUUGUUAUCAACUGUAUAGUACAAGUGGCCAUUGACAACUGCCAUAACCAGAAGACCACUUCAAUAAUGACAGCAAAGGCUGAGAUGCUGACCCAGGCCAGAAUGCACUUACCUAACCCUAACUCAGAAUACAUGUUACGAAGUGUUGCAAUGAGACUAAGUCAUGUGUUGCACGAGCAGGGUACAGGCCCCUUACCAGAUCUUUGUACAGUGAAGUCCGUUAUUAAGUUAUGCUGGGCAUCAUCUUGUGGAUCCCUUCAGCUGCUACAGUCCACUAAUGAAGCUAUACACCAACAACAGGAAAUGGUUACCAAAGCAGUUGAUCCAGAAGACAGUCAGCUGUGUAAAGAAGCACUGGAAGUGCUCUCAAUCACUUUGGCUCUAUGCCCAGAAUCUUUAGACACCCUAAUGAAAGAUAAGCUCUGGCAUGUAUUUAUUCUGGACCUGAUACUUAUCUGUAGAAAUAGAUCAAUAAGAGCAUCGGCUACAGAACAGUUUACUCUUAUGGCUACAAAAUGUUAUCCAGGACAUCAACCUCUAGUCUUUUUUAUAACUUUACUUUUUACUCAGCUGAAGACCACAGUGCGAGAAAAUGCCAAAAAUUCCCAUGAGUUUUUUCAACUAUUGUGUCGUCUCUUGAAUUAUGCCAGUGGUAGUAAUUGCCCACUUCCUACAGCCCAAAAUCUUCUGUAUAAUGAAAUUGAUUGGUUAAAGGAGGUGCGGGAAAAUAUCAAGACUACAGGUAGUAGUCAAGUAGAUGAAGUACUGUUGGAAGGACAUCUUGGAAUUACACGUGAACUUGUUUCUUUCUUGGGGCCUGAGAAAAAAUUUGAGGUUGGGGCAGAGCCGUCUUAUAAACGAGGAAACUUAAUUCAGGAACUUAUGGAGGAUUUCAUUUUCCCUGCUUCGAGGGUUGUUGUUCAGUUUCAAAGAAGUGGUGGAGAACUCCCAGGAGAGCAAGCUAUUCCUGUUUGUUCAACCUCUGCCUCGGCACUUGCCGCUUUUGACUUACUUGCAGCACUUUGCACAGGCUGUGUUCCAAACCUUCGCAUUCUUGCAGAUAUGUUAACUGAAAUGUUCUAUUCUGAAAAUGAACAGACAUUAACAGAAUGGGAGUACCUCCCACCAGUAGGCCCUCGUCCUCCAAGGGGAUUUGUUGGACUAAAGAAUGCUGGUGCUACUUGUUACAUGAACUCUGUAUUACAACAGUUGUAUAUGAUGGAAGAAGUACGAAAUGAAAUUCUAGCUGUCGAAGGAGCUGCUACUGAUCCUAAUGAAGACUUUUCCGGAGAGGAAAGAUUAGAAAAUGAAUCGCAAAGUAAUAUUGAGACUGGUGAAAGUGAGCAAUAUGACGAGAAGCAUCCAGAUCGAGAAAGUUCGAGAAAAGAGUACAAUUUAGGAGUGUUAAAGCAAGUUCAGGCUAUUUUUGGUCACCUAGCCUGUAGCAAAUUGCAGUAUUAUAUACCUCAAGGCUUCUGGAAACAUUUUAAGUUGUGGGGUGAACCUGUCAAUCUUAGAGAACAGCAUGAUGCCUUGGAAUUUUUCAAUAGCCUUGUCGAUAGUUUAGAUGAAGCUCUGAAAGCUUUGGGCCAACCCAGUAUUUUGUCUAAGAUUCUAGGUGGUACAUUUGCUGACCAAAAGAUUUGUAAAGAUUGUCCACAUAGAUAUUCAAGGGAGGAGUCUUUUACUACUUUAAAUAUUGACAUCCGAAACCACAGCAAUUUGCAAGAUUCUCUUGAACAGUAUGUAAAAGGAGAUCUUUUAGAAGGAGCUAAUGCUUAUCAUUGUGAAAAAUGUAAUAAAAAGGUAGAUACAGUUAAAAGAUUAUGCAUCAAGAGACUACCUCUUGUACUUACUAUUCAACUCAAAAGGUUUGACUACGACUGGGAACGAGAGUGUGCUAUAAAAUUCAAUGAUUACUUUGAAUUUCCUCGAGAACUGGACAUGGAGCCAUACACAGUAAGAGGGCUUGAAAAAAUGGAAGGAGAAAUUAUUGAAGACAUGACUGAAGGAGAGAAUGAUUUUACCAAAUAUACACUAAAUGGAAUAGUUGUGCACAGUGGGCAAGCUAGUGGAGGGCAUUACUACUCUUAUAUUUUACACAGACAUAGCGAUGGAACACGGCGGUGGUACAAGUUUGAUGAUGGUGAAGUCUCUGAAUGGAAGAUGGAAGAUGAUGAGGAAAUGAAAAAUCAGUGCUUUGGGGGCGAAUACAUGGGGGAAGUGUUUGACCACAUGUUGAAACGGAUGUCCUACAGACGGCAGAAACGUUGGUGGAAUGCAUACAUUUUGUUGUAUCGACGCCAAGAUGUAGAACUUAAUAGUCUAACAUAUAGUUUGCAUAAAAUUUCUUUAGAUAAUAACCACCGUAUCAGGAUGCCCUUAGCUAUUGAACAGAGUGUUAGACGGCAAAAUACCAAGUUCAUGCACAAUAGAAACCAGUUCAGUAGUGAGUACUUUCAGUUCAUGAAGAAAUUAAUCAGCUGUAAUGCACCAUAUGUUGCCCCUCAACCAGGACAAGACAAGCUGUCCCCCGAAGCAGAAGAGCUGGCUAUGAUAAGUGUACAGUUAGCUGCCAAGUUUCUUUUUACUACAGGAUUUCACACAAAAAAAAAUUUGAGAGGCCCUGCCAAUGAAUGGUAUGAUGCCCUAUGUAUACAUCUUCGUAAUAGCCGCAAUGCACGACGGUGGUUUGCAAAUGCAGCUUUAUUUGCUCAUCCCCAGCGAUUUUGUGAAUAUCUCUUAGAAUGUCCAAGUUCGGAGGUCCGUAGUGCCUUUGUGAAGAUCAUAGUGUUUUUGGCUCAUUUUUCUCUUCAAGAUGGACCUUGUCCUACACCUGUACAUUUUACCUCCCCUCCACCAGAUCCCAAUGCAUCUUUGUCUGAUCACCUUCUACAAGCUGUCCUCUCCUUGCUGAGAAAAGAAGUGUCAGAGUAUGGUCGACAUUUGACACAGUAUUUUAGCUUGUUUGUGAUGUAUGCUUCUCUAGGAGCAGCAGAGAGAACACAAUUGUUGAAGUUGAAUGUUCCAGCCACUUUUAUGUUGGUGGCUUUGGAUGAGGGUCCUGGCCCACCCAUUAGAUAUCAAUAUGCUGAACUUGGUAAACUACAUCAAGUAGUCAGUAUUUUAGUUCGAUGUUGUGAUGUAUCCUGUAAAACCCAGUCGUCUGUGCAGGAGAAUCAACCACUCCCUAAUCCCCAUGCUGGUGACCAGGUCUGUACUAACUAUAUAAUGCCAAUACAGCCUCAAGUAGCUGAUAUUCUUUAUAAUAAGACUAGCUAUGUGAAAAAACUGAUUGAGGACUCAAGUGUUUCAGAAGAUACAGCCAAACUAAUAAAGUUCUGUUCCUGGGAGAAUCCUCACUUCUCCUCAGUAGUGCUGAGUGAACUAUUGUGGCAGGUUGCCUAUUCAUACACGUACGAACUGCGACCAUACCUGGACCUGCUGCUUCACAUUUUAUUGAUGGAGGAUUCGUGGCAAAAUCACAGAGUUCAUAAUGCCCUUAAAGGUAUCCCAGAUGACAGAGAUGGACUGUUUGACACAAUUCAAAGAAGUAAGAAUCAUUACCAGAAGAGGGCAUACCAGUGCAUCAAAUGUUUGGUGACCUUGUUUACCUCUUGUCCAGCAGCUGCACAUAUGCUGCAUAGUAAUGGUGACAUCAAGAGGAAAUGGACAACUGCUGUGGACUGGCUUAAUGAUGAACUGGAGAGACGACCAUACCCAGCUAACACCCAGUAUGGUUACAGCAGCUGGUCGCCACCUGCCCAAUCAAAUGAAACUUCCAAUGGCUACUUCUUGGAGAGGUCCCAUAGUGCUCGCGUGACAUUAGCUAAAGCUUAUGAACUGUGUCCAGAAGAGGAACAGGAAGAGCAAGAAUUGUCUGAAGAAGGUGAUAGUCCUCCCCCGGAAGAGAAAGUUCCUAUAUGGCAGGGUGGAAUGCAGCAUCCUAGUCCACCACCACCAGCACCCCCUGCCAGUAUUAACCCAUAUCCAGUGAACUCUACCCUACCUCAUCGUGUAGGUAACUUGUUAAUUGGCCCUUCUAGUGGGAGUCAACAACAACAAGUGACCAAUUCUCCCUAUCAUCCAGUGCACACUUGUGGAACGACCCCAGGAGUAGUUACCACUUCAACUGUUUGUAACCAGGGGGUCAACACAAGUAUGACUCCAGCUGGACCACCUGUAAGAACCACAACUUCAGUAAAUGUGACACUGCAACCUCCCACUACCAACCAGCAACAAACAUCUUCACAGGAAGGAAACGAACAGAAACAGGAUAGACAUGACUAAUUCAAUAUAAAUACCAGUUGGCUGUGCAUGUAGAGAUUGUAUGAGGGGCAUGCCCUAUUAUAACAACCGAACAUGGGAAGUGUUCCGAUUGAGUUCUUGAUUAAAAAUCAAAAAGUUAAAAGUUGGUCGUAUUUCCAGGAAAACAAGAAUGUUUACUGUUUGACAUUGAGCAGCCAUUUCUGAACUUAUCUAAUUUAUUUUUAAAGAAAAAUGUGAGCACUUUAAAUUCUCCCCUACCAUUUGAACUGUGUGGACUCCCCUGAAGAUUCAGUGAUAUCAGCUCACAGACUAGAUAUUCAACUUAAAAUUAGCUUUGCAACGUUACUGCUUCGUUAGCUUUAGCUCACAGCUUGUAUGGAAUGUAAAAAAAAAAGAAUGUUUUUCUCCAAGAGGAGAUGUGUAUCUUCAAAUUAAACUCAACUGUGACUUGAAGUAAUGAACUUUUUGAUUUUCCACUGGUGCAUAAAGUGAGAAAUUAGUAGUUAUUACUAAAUUGUGAUUGUCAAAUGUAUUAUACAGUAACUUUUGUAGCCAUGUACAUUCUUUGUUUGUUUUCAAAUACCCAACAACAACUAAAGGCUUACUCGUUAAGCACUUAUUCUUGAAAUUGGCAGGGCACUUUAAAGUUAAUAGUAUGUAAAGCAUAUGAGCAUAUAAUUUAUACUAAGUUGUUUUGGUAUAUAUAUAUAUAUAUACUAAGAUACUUUGUAUGUGUUGAACCACUCCUGUAUGUCUAAGAAGAAAUGUGUACAUGUUAUCCUUGUGCUUUGACCCUGUGUAGACUGUUACAGUUUGGUAGCAAACAAGGCUGCCCUAAUCAUGCCUAAAAACCUUAUACACCAACUUUUUACUAUAGGCUAAUGUAUUUUCUAAAAACAAUUGACUUCUCUUGUAAGCUGAAGCUCAGAAAACUUGAAUGUAAUAAACAGUUUUUUUUUUUGUUGUUCA